AGUAUUUUGGUUUUUAUUUUUAUACAACAUAUAUAAGCGUUAUAUUUGUCAGCUGUAUGUACAGUACAAUUUCAAUUUAUUUGAAGAACUUAUCGUAUUUGGCCAUCGAAAUUUUUUAUGCAUAAUGUCGAAACUAGGCUACCUCCGGAUCCUCGGUUACGUGACCACACUAACUAUGCACAUCGGCAAUUUAGUGUACGUGGGAAUGCAUUUAACGGAGGACGUUCUAGAAGAUAAAAGAGUGAGGCUAUUUGGGGAGACGAGAAGAAGAUAUUUUACUUGUUGGACUUUCUUCCUCCACAUGAUUUACGCCAUAAUCGGCCUGAGCUGUGAAAUCCUCAUAAUAAAAAAUAGCAAUGUAAAGAACUAUAGUCUCCCCAAACAUUUGAAGGGAUGUAGAGAUACCAUAUUUGCCGCUCUACUAUGGCCAGCUACACUGCUCGUGUUCACAGUUUUCUGGACCCUUUUCCUCUACGACAGGAGCCUCAUUUUCCCCGCCUUCAUAGACAAAGUCCUCACCCCCACAUCUAACCACAUCAUGCACACAGCUAUAGUACCCACAGCGCUGUGGGAGGUAUUGCUACAGCCGAGAUUCGAACCCCGGUCCCACGUGAAGAAUGUCGCGCAUCUGGUGGUUUAUAUGUUGGUGUAUUUGGGAGUAUUUGUCUACACCUAUAUCGAGCGAGGAAUAUGGUUAUACCCUAUAUUCAAGAAGUUAUAUGGAACGGUAUAUUUCCCUCUGACAAUGUUAAUAAUUUUCCUUCUUUUAUUAAUAUUCUAUCGCAUUCAGUGGACGAUUUCCUAUUUGAUUUAUGGUAAGGAAAAAACGAAGAAAGAGAAGGCGAAAAAAAUACGUUAGUAAAAAUAAGGCUAAUUUAAUAGUUUUUAUUAUAUUGAUCUUUGUAAGCUUAUUUAAUUUUAAGCUUUGAUAAAAAUGGUAAACAUGGGAUGAUGAAAGCAUUUUUCAGUAAAUAUGUUUUAAUACA